ACCUUACAACUGUCAAUGCAUUGCAGUCAGUGCAGAAGGCUGUAUAACAGUCACUAAACAUAGUAAACAUGCUGCCUAUAUUAUAGUUGAAUGCCAAUUACUCUCUAAUUCAAAACUAGUUUAUUGGUCCAAUAAUUAACGCCAAUAAUUGACGCUUCUGCGAAAAAGCGUAAGUUGAAAGACUUGGCUUGUUAUUACCGAUUAUUUUGAUAACGGUGACGUCAUGACUCGUAAGUGUGAAAGAAGACAAGACGGAGAACGAAGCAAACACUAUAAAUUGAUUGAAAUUUAGAAAUCUUGGAUCCAAAAUCUGUUUAUCUUUGGCCCACGUUCUUUGUUUUCAGCGGAAAAGUUGUCUUUGAAAGUAGUUUCAAGUAUAGAGUAGUCUGAAGAUUUGACCUUAAUAGAAUGGGUGUCAUAAGGUGCAAAGUGUCUAACUGUCGCAACAUAAAAAGCGGAAGUGUAAAAGUAUUUAGUUUACCGAAGGCGGGCCAACGACGAGACCUGUGCUUGAAGAGAAUUGCGAUAAAUUAUGGCAACUGUAGCGUGGAAAACCUGUUUGUGUGUUCAUUUCAUUUUGUAUCAGUCAUAGCAGACAGAAUCGGCCAUCGAAUGCUGCGUUGCGCGAUAAAAUCAAAUGCGAAAAAAGAUGUCGAACAGCCCUAUACAGACAAGUAGCUGCAAUCACUACGGAUGUUAGAAUUUUCACGGUAAACCUUUACACAAACAACUAAAAUACCCGACUUCAGAUGCAAAUCUUAGAACUUGGCCAAACACAUCGAACUUAGGACACUUAGUUAGGAUACUGAUUUAAUCGUUAAGAGACGGUGCAUAGUUAAGCUGCAGUCUAUCAGAAAUAAACAGAACCUUUCUUCUACCUAAGUGGCAUUAACUGAGAGACAUGCUCGACAGUAGGUACGUAUAAGUAAUAAAAAUUGCGACAAAAGAAAAUGUGAAGAUGCAUGACUUUUCGUUCUUUCCUCCCAAUGGAAUGAUCAUAAUGUGGUUACUCCCACGAUUAAUGAAAAAAAGAUCGUUUGUGCCGUUAUACUUUCUUGCACACCUUUUUGCAAAUGCCCUGGCGUGUAAUAUUGGUAGACUAUGUACUGUGUUAUAUGAAAACAUAUGCGCAAUUUUUCUGAAAAGGGUUAGUGGGCUAGAGCCUCAUUCUCCCAAUCGGAACACGCAAUAGAGAUUUUAAAUUGUGAUGGCUUUGCCGUUGGUGCGUUUUCAAAUGCAAAACUUGGGGCCCUCAAAACUCGGGAAAAUGAAAGGAAGUUAUUUAAGGUCUGGCCGAACGCCAAUAAUCUAAGACCAAUGCUUCCUCUUUUCAUGUAGUAGUCAAACGUUCGUCUUACGGAAUCACACUGUUUCAGCGAAAAACAUUUGCCACAUCACAUUAAAAACAAGCAAAAAUUUCGAUAAUAGUAUAGUAGGGUCAAUUAUAAAGGAAUCUUGCUCAUUAUUGGGUUUUCACAGAAUAAGUUGUUUGUUUUUACGGGAGGGGAGGGGACCCUUUUUAUUUGUUUGUUUGUUUGGAAUGGGAUGUGCAUGAAUAGUGUGAUAUCAGCUACAACGGAUAAAAAGAUGAGCUGAAUACCGUGACCGAAGUAAUGGGCUGUAAAUCAAUCAUGGAAACCGUGUCGUUGCUCCUACUUUGCCUUAGUGUUGGAGUUAUAAGCGUGCCGAUUGAUUUCGGCAACCAGCGCAUUAUGGGCGGUAUCCAAGCCAGUUCUGGUGAAUUUCCGUACGUCGUUUCCGUCAUGUAUAAUGGCCAACACCAUUGCGGAGGAUUUAUUUACAACCUCCAAUGGGUCAUAACGGCUGCAUCUUGCGUUUACGGGAAGUAUCCAAGUCAACUUAAGGUGACUGUCGGUCAGCUGUCAUUGAAUAAUGUUGAUCCUGGGGAAGAAAUAAUAAAUGUUUUUUCUUUCCGUACUUUCAACGCUUACGAUCCCGUUACGAAAUCGAACGAUAUUGCGAUGAUAGAGCUUGCGACACCGAUUACGAUUGGAUCUUACGUGAAAUGGGUUAUAUAUGAUGAAAUCGACGAAUCUGUUCCAUAUGGAACAUUCAUAGGAUGGGGUGCUACUCAGAACGAAGGGUUACCUUCACUGAACUUACGUAAAGCGAAUUUGGCCAUUUCGACAGAUUGUCCGACUUAUUAUGCAAGCAGCGAAUUCAAUUAUAAUACCAUGAUAUGCGCUGGCGAUGCGAAUAUCAGUCCUUGUGUUUACGACGAAGGUUCCCCUUUUGUUCAGAAAAUCUCCAACCAGGACGUAGUGGUUGGCAUUAUGUCAAAAAACCAAGGAUGUGGCACAAAUUUCCCUCCUUCUGUUUUUACGCGCUUAUCGGUUUUUUAUUCCUGGAUUCAAAAUCAGGCCGGUAUACAACCAACCAACCCAACUACAAUUCUGCCUACAACAAUAACGGCUCCAACAGCGCCAUGCAUAAACUGCGUCACUGCUCGUUACGAACCGGAAAUACCGUAUCAAUAGCUUGAAAGCUAUCAGUAAAUUUACUAAACCUACGCCUUUCAACGCUUACAUUUAAAUGCAAGCUUAAUGUUUCACUUUCAAUUAUAAAU